GAAAAAAACGCUGGGAGCCACGGAAACUACGCGCAAGCAAGACGGCGACCGUGCGAUAUGCAGAAAUCUGAAUCUGGUAAAGAAUCUGCAUCAGAUUCUGAAAAUGAAAGUAAGAGCGAAAAUGGGAGCAGUUCUUCGGGAAGCAACUCUGGGUCUGGCUCUGGAUCAGAAAGCUCCUCAGGCUCUGGCUCAAGCUCUGACUCUGAAGCUGAAGAAAAAUCAGUCGAUGAGAACAACAGGUUCAAGGUGGGUGAGGACGAGGAGGAGGGCAACGACGAAACACCAGCAGCCCUCGGCAAUAGCUUUCAGAGCAACAGGAGCUCCAACCACAGCGAUAAUCAGUCAAGGUCUAGCAGACACAGGAGCAAUAGUAUUAGUCGCGAAUGGGAGGAGAAUCCUGAUAUCUAUGGCAUCAGAAGGUCAGGCAGGUGCAGGAAGGAGCCAGACAGGCUCGCAGUUACCCAACCGGAAAGUGACAACGAAAACAGAAAGAAAGUUAUAAGGAAGAGUUCUCAGAACGCGUGGAACUCUGACAGUUCAGAGUCAGAAUCCGACGAUGCGGAUGUCAAGAGGCCACCACCGAGCAAGUCCAUUUACCGGAAAGCCGUACAAAAGGCCAAAGAAAAAGCGAAGCCUCGAAGGAAGCGUGUCUCCGUAUCCUCGGAAAAUUCUUCCUAUGACAGCGAUGAAAAGAGACAAGUUACAAGGCGAUCAGGCGCACAGGUCAGUUACAAGGAGGAGAGCGAGGUCGAAACGGACAGCGAGGAUCUCAUGGAAGUCGACGAGACGACGGCCGCAGCCGAGCCCGCUGAGCCCGACAACGCCGAGACCAUCGAGAAAAUUUACGGCCAACGCAUCGGCAAGAAAGGAGUGGUAGGUAACGUGACGACAGUCUACGCGGUCGAGGAGAAUGGAGAUCCGAAUCCGGAAAACUUGGAGGGCGAAGAGACUGAAACUCAGUACCUGAUCAAGUGGAAGGGCUGGUCGCACAUACACAACACGUGGGAGUCCAAGGACUCUCUGGCCGCCCAGAAGGUCAAGGGAAUAAAGAAAUUGGAGAACUUCAUCAAGCGCGAACAGGACAUCAGCGAUUGGAGGAAGUACGCCGGUCCCGAGGACAUUGACUACUUUGAGUGCCAGGCGGAGUUGCAGCAAGACCUGUUAAAGAGCUAUUACAACGUCGAAAGGAUCAUUGCCGAAGCCGAAAAACCAGAUUCCGAUCAUCCCGAUUACUAUUGCAAAUGGGAGAGCUUGCCGUAUUCGGAGUCCACGUGGGAGGAUGGCGCGUUGAUAAUAAAAAAGUGGCCGGAAAAGAUAAACGAGUUCCGUGAUCGCGAGGACUCCAAGAGGAUACCCAGCAAACACUGCAAGGUGCUGAGGCACAGGCCAAAAUUCCAUCAGUUGAAGGAGCAGCCGAGUUACAUGGGCAAAGAUGAGAACUUUGUGCUCAGGGAUUAUCAGAUGGACGGCUUGAAUUGGAUGAUACAUUCGUGGUGUAAGGACAACAGUGUCAUAUUGGCAGAUGAGAUGGGCCUUGGCAAGACCAUUCAAACCACGUGCUUCUUGUACUACCUGUUUCACACUCAACAACUUCACGGCCCUUUCUUGCUGGUCGUGCCUCUAUCGACAAUGACGUCUUGGCAAAGAGAAAUAGUCCAGUGGGCUCCGGACUUGAAUUUUGUCACUUACCUGGGUGACGUUACUUCGCGCAAUGUUAUCAGAGACUACGAGUGGUGUUAUGAUUCCAAGAGGCUCAAGUUCAACGCAAUUCUGACGACGUAUGAAAUCGUCUUGAAAGACAAGGCAUUUUUAGGAGCCAUCAAUUGGGCUGUACUCUUGGUUGACGAAGCGCAUCGUUUGAAAAACGAUGACUCACUUUUGUACAAAGCUUUGGCCGAAUUUCACACGAACCACAGACUACUUAUCACAGGAACCCCGCUGCAAAACAGCUUGAAAGAGUUGUGGGCUCUGUUGCAUUUUAUUAUGCCAAACAAAUUCGACAGCUGGGAAGACUUUGAAAAGGAACACGACAACGCUGCUCAAAAAGGCUACUCGAAGCUGCACAAACAAUUGGAGCCAUUCAUUUUGAGGAGGGUAAAGAAGGACGUGGAAAAAUCUUUACCAGCCAAGGUCGAGCAGAUAUUGCGCGUCGAGAUGACGUCGUUGCAAAAACAGUACUACAAGUGGAUAUUGACGAAAAACUUUAACGCUUUGAGAAAGGGCAACAAAGGCUCGACCUCGACCUUCUUGAACAUUGUGAUCGAGUUGAAAAAGUGUUGCAACCAUGCCUUUCUCACGAGGCCAAAUGAAAAUGAGAACAGAGAAAGCAACAUGGAUUAUCUGCAACAGAUCAUCCGUGGUUCUGGCAAACUCGUCUUGCUAGACAAGCUUCUCGUUCGGCUCAAAGAGACGGGGCAUCGUGUCCUGAUCUUCUCGCAGAUGGUUCGGAUGCUGGAUAUUCUCAGCGAGUAUUUGCAGAAGCGACACUUUCCCUUCCAGAGGCUCGAUGGUAGUAUCAAAGGGGAGCUGAGGCGUCAGGCAUUGGAUCACUUCAAUGCUCCUGGCUCGCAGGACUUUUGUUUCCUGCUAUCCACGCGGGCCGGCGGUCUUGGUAUCAAUUUGGCUACCGCUGAUACUGUCAUCAUAUUCGAUUCCGACUGGAAUCCCCAGAACGAUUUACAAGCUCAGGCCAGAGCUCAUAGAAUAGGUCAAAAAAACCAGGUCAAUAUUUACAGAUUGGUUACGAAAAGCUCGGUAGAAGAGGAGAUCGUUGAGCGCGCCAAGCAAAAAAUGGUACUUGACCAUUUAGUUAUACAAAGGAUGGACACUACCGGUAGAACCAUAUUGGACAAAAAAGGUUCCAAUACAAACAACAACCCUUUCAACAAGGAAGAUCUGAGUGCCAUUUUGAAAUUUGGAGCCGAAGAGUUGUUUAAAGACGAAGAGGACGGUGAUGAAGAACCUACAUGCGAUAUCGAUGAGAUCUUGAAAAGAGCCGAAACUAGGGACGAAGGGCCUGCCACAGUUGGAGACGAGUUGCUUUCAGCGUUCAAGGUAGCCAGCUUCGCCGCUUUCGAAGAAGAGCCCGAACCUCUUCCUCAAACCAACGAAAAUGACGACGAAAGCAAAGACUGGGCUGAAAUCAUUCCUGAAAACUUCAGAGCAAAGGUAGAGGAAGCCGAGAAGAGUAAAGAGAUGGAGGAUCUGUAUCUUCCGCCGAGAAGUCGAAAGACCCUGCAACAGAUCAACGAAGCUGACAACAAGGGCAAGAAGAAGAAAAAAGCUCAGUCGGGUGACGAGAGUGACGACGACGAAGAGUCUGGCAGUGACGAGGAUGGAAGUGAUGACGGGAGGCCAAAGCGACGCGGAAGACCGCGAAUGCAGCCUCGAGAAAAUGUUAAGAGCUUUACCGAUGUAGAGAUAAGGCGCUUCAUCAAGAGCUACAAGAAAUUCCCAGCGCCGCUGAAGAGACUGGACGAAAUCGCCGCGGACGCCGACUUGAACGAAAAGCCCACGUCCGAGCUUUCCUAUCUGGCUGAACAGCUGCGUUCGCGGUGCGACGCUUGUAUGGCCGAGUCUGAGAACAGCGUCGCCAAGGAAAACAAGGCCGAAGAGGAGGACUCCAAGGGCGCACCAGGUCGGAAACGUAAGCGUGGUCCUACUUUCAAGGUCGGCGGAGUGCAGGUGAACGCCAAGUCGUUCAGUGCCGCUGUUACCGAGCUCGAACCUCUGGAACAGGCAAUCCCGAUGGACACCGAACAGAGAACCAAUUGGCAACUUGACGCGAAAGUGAAGCCAGCCAAUUUUGAAUGCGAAUGGACGCUCGAGGACGACACCAUGUUGUUGAAAGGUAUUUAUCAGCAUGGAAUGGGAUCGUGGGAGGCGAUAAAAAUGGACGAAAGUUUGAAGUUGGGGGAUAAAAUACUUCUCAACGGUAGUAAAGCACAAAUUAAGCGAAUUCAAGCUCGAGGGGAGUAUCUUUUGAAAAUUUUGAAGAAACAGAUGGAUCAAAAGCUCGGAGUGACCAAACAAAGAAAACCGAGAAAAGCAAAAGACAUAAAAUCAGCGAUCACGAAGGAAAUAAUUGAGGAAAAUGAGAGCUCCGGCGACGAAAAAAAAAUCAAACCAAAGAUUGAAAAGCCACCCGUCAAGAAAGAGGAGGAACCUGUGGUUGUAAACAAAAAAGAAGUGAAAGAGGAGACCGAAGCAGUAGUAAUACCUGUAGAAGACAAGAAAAAAGAAAAAAAAAUUAAAAAAGAAAAGAAAGAGAAUAAAAAAACCAAAAAAACCAGCAAACAAUCCGGACCGAUGCAUUUUACAGCAAACAACGAACCAAGAGCGCUCGAUGUUCUGGGAGAUUUGGAUCCUUCGAUAUUCAACGAGUGCAAAGAAAAAAUGAGACCGGUUAAAAAGGCGCUCAAAGCUUUGGACAGGCCGGACCAGUCGCUCAGUGAAUCGGAACAAGUAGCUCACACGCGCCAAUGUCUCGUGCAAAUUGGCAAUCAAAUAAACACUUGCCUCUCGGAGUACAAGGAUCCUGAACAGAUCAAGGAAUGGCGAAGUAAUCUUUGGUACUUUGUAUCGAAAUUCACCGAGUUCGACGCCAAGAAGCUUUACAAAUUGUACAAACACGCCACUAAAAAAGGCGAAAGCGGUAGCGUGACCCCGAGUCCAGAAAAAAAGGAAGAUAAUAAUACAGUCAAGGACGACGCCAAGCAUAACGCCAAAAACGCCAAGGAAAACAGGGACAACCGAGGCGUGAAGCGACGAGUAGAGGACUUUGAGGAUAACUCAAACAGCAGCAGCACCCCAGUGAAAAAGCACAUGAUCUCGUCGUCGACGCUGGGCAACAUCGGUAGCUCGUCCUCGUUAACAAUCGGCGCCAUUACGAUAACUCCCAUUACAGCCAGCCCAAACUCCACACCCCACAUGGCCAACAGCUUAGACAUGCGGCACAAGGAUCCAAAGGACUUGAGCAAGCACAAAGAUCCAAAGAGGGAUAGAGAAAGGGACAGGGAUAGGGGUAGGGACAGAGAACGCGAUAGGGACAGGGAUAGGGAGAGGGACAGAAGUCAUGGAGAUCGCAUGGAUAGGCUAGGAGUUAAGGAUGAGAGGAUCAGAAGAGACAGUGGCGGAUACGUCGGUGGUCAUUACAGCGGCGGUAGGGAUGACGAACACUGGAUGACUAGAGACAGAGACUCACGCGAUGGCAGGUUCGCCGACCACAAGCGCGAUAGGUUCGACCCUUACAGUAGAAUGUCGGGAGGCUAUCAUCGCGACCGGGACAGAGAUCGCGAUCGUAUGCAUAUGAACGACAAAAGAGGAGGUGAUUACUAUCGCUACUCUGGAGGUUCAGGUGGCUACGGUUACGGACCAGGUAGUUACGGUUCUGGAGCCGCUGGUGGCGGAUAUCCGCCCGACAUACCACCUGCACACUACCGUGGUGGCGGUGGUGGUGGUGGUCGGAGCUACCCAGCCGGUGAUGGCUACCAAGGUGAUUGGCGGCCGAGCAAGGACUAUCGCAACCGGGACUACGACAGACCGCGUCCGCCCCCGAGCGCUAAUUCUUAGUCGUCUGUUAGUUUUUCUACUUAUCUUGGUUUUUAUUACGGUAAUGGCGAUGCGCCUGAGAUAACUUUUCCUCGUCUCACUGGAGCGCUUUGAAAGACUGGGCGGAAUAUUUUCUGCUCUGCUUUUGAUGGGACUUUGUGGCUUCUGACGCGAGCCAAUGCCAACUUAUACGCUGCACUUGUAUUGCACGGCGAUUGUUGCACCAGGAAACCGGCAUUGCAAGGGAGUGUCUAUUAUUGUGAAUGCCUAUCAGUGGAUGCUUUUUUUAAAACUACUUUUAAGACUAUGAUGUAUCGGAAAGGAUAUUGAUAAAUGAAAUGUGAACGGCUGAUUCUCGAGAAAAUUUCUUUUCUUUUUCCUUUUUUUCGCAGGGACAAACUGUUUUGGCAGUUUUUUAACUGUUUGAUUCACAAAAAAAAAAUUUUUUUUUUUUUUGCUUAUUUUAAUUAACAAUUAAUUUUUAAUGACAAAAGAAUUUAAAAAAAGAAAGGGACAAACGCCUUCCUUUGACAGGGUGAGCGACACAUGUGGUGCGAACGCUACCUUUUCCUCGUUGUAUAUUUAAUUGAUCUGCGAUUUUCUUUGUACAUCGUGUAUGUAUGUGUGUACGUGCGUCUGUCGUUGCGUUGCAGGCGCUUCAAUUUCGAGAGAGUGAAUUUUUCAAGGCUUCUUAACAGUGUAACGCGUGAUAUAUUUUUUAAAACCACAGCUGGAUCGUACUGUCGAGAGUCGUAUGCGUAUUUAUAUAUGAAAGUGGAAGAUAGGCACGAUAUUUAGGUAAAAUAGCUCUGAAUAUAAAAAUAUGUGGAGUAAGGGCAGGAUCGUGUUGUACAGAUUUUUAUACAAACUCAAUCCAAAAGCGAUCUUUUCAUCCUUGUAUAAUUAUUGUAAUAUGGAAAAUGUUAGUGUAAAUGAGAAGAUUACAUAUGUUACAGGUAUACAACAAUACUGUAGGACAAAAAUAAAAUACUUGUACAGAUAAAACAGGAUUAAUUUGGAUUUUGUAUUGCGUUAGCUUCUUUGAUUGCUCAUCACCGUGCAUUCUCAUAUUUCAUAUUAGAAGCUAUCGUGACCCUUUUCCUCGCUAAAUUUUUUAUCCUCAAUAAUAAUAAUAUCGAGUUACGUAUGCACUGCUGCUUUCUGAUCCAUCGGGUACACUAUUUUUCUGGUUUUAAUUCUGCAAUGCCUUGUUUUCUUUCUCUUUUUUAAUGUACAUCUUCGAGCUCGUGUAUGCAUUUUGUUUUGUAAAUAUUAAUAUGUGUGUCGGAAAUUUAUGAUAUAAAAAGUUGAUUAAAACCAUACAAAAAAAAAGUUUUCGCUGGCUAUGAUGCGUAUCAAGUUCAUCGAACGAAAAUCAUUGUAAAAAGCCAUGCGAAAAUUAAACUAGCAUAAUGUGGAAGGUAAAUGUAAUAUCUUGGGAAUAUUAGAUUUCUUUAAUAACACCGCCAUCGAGAUGUAUGAAUAUAGUGAGAUGUGUUUAUAAUUUAAUAUGACACAUAGUCGAAUAUAAAAAUCAUGGUUACAUGAUUCAUGCCGAAGAGUUUAAUGUAUAUAUUAUUAAAAAUUAAGUGAAUAAAGUAAUUAUAUUAGUAAUACGA